AUGGGCAAGGACACUUUCGAGCUCGCCGGCCGCGACUGGCCCAAAGUCACUUGGUGGAAGCUGAAGAACAUGCGCACCGUCUACUUGACUCUCUGGGCUGCCAUGUUAACCUCAGCCACAAACGGUUAUGAUGGGUCUCUCAUGAAUGGCCUCCAGGCUAUCGCGGCAUGGAACGAGAACUUCAACAACCCUAAUGGCCAAAUCCUCGGUCUCAUCGCUGCCUCCAUGUCUAUUGGCUCUCUUCUUGCAAUCCCCGUCGUCCCCUAUACUGCCGACAUUCUGGGUCGUCGAACAGGCGUCGUGAUUGGCUGUGCCAUUAUGAUCGUCGGCGUUGCACUAAUCUGCAUCGGCUUUCAUGUUGCUCUGUUCAUCAUCGGCCGCCUCAUCCUGGGUUUCGGCAUUGCCAUUGCUCAUGGGUCUGCGCCACUCCUGAUUGCCGAGCUCGUCCAUCCCCAGCAUCGUGCCAUCUAUAGCACCAUUUACAACACAUUGUGGUAUCUCGGCUCUCUGGUUGGGUCUUGGGUCGCUUUCGGCACCGACAAGCUCGAUGGCCAGUGGUCUUGGCGUGUACCGUGUCUCCUGCAGGCACUCCCAUCGAUCGUCCAGAUGAUAUUCAUUUGGACUGUGCCCGAAUCUCCCAGAUGGCUUAUUUCCAAGGGGAGGCAUGUAAAGGCGAAGCAAAUCCUCGCCAAUGUUCAUGCCGAGGGCAAUCUCGACGACGAGCUCGUCAAUGUCGAAUUCAACGAAAUCCAGCAGACCAUUGCCUUGGAACAGGAGUACGAGAAGUCGGCAUGGAGCGAACUGUGGGCUACUCCCGGCAACCGCCAUCGCCUCAUCAUAUUGGUAUCCAUCGGCUUCUUUUCCCAGUGGUCCGGCAACGGUAUUGUCUCAUACUUCCUGCCCCAGGUGCUGAAGUUGAUUGGCAUCACCGAUUCCACUUUGGUUCUGGAGAUCAACGGCUACCUGUCCAUUGUCCAGCUUAUCUCGGCUGUUGGAAUUUGCUUCUUCGUCGACAAGAUUGGCCGCCGCCCGCUCUUCAUCACCUCCUGCAUCGGUAUGCUUGCUGCGUUCGUCUCCACGACGAUUGCUCUGGCUCGGUACGAUGUGGACCAGAGCUCGGCGGCUGCCAACACCGUCAUCGUGUUCAUCUUCGUCUACUACGUCAUGUACAACCUGGGAUUCUGCGGCCUCUUGGUCUCGUACUCGACCGAGAUUCUGCCGUACCGGAUCCGUGCCAAGGGCCUCACCGUCAUGUUCUUCUGCGUCGACCUCAGCUUGUGGUUCAACCAAUACGUCAACCCCAUCGCCCUAGAGGCCAUUGCCUGGAAGUAUUACCUCGUGUAUUGCGUUUGGCUUGCCUUUGAGCUGCUUGUCGUCUGGAAGUAUUACAUUGAGACCAAGAACACAGCCCUCGAAGAAAUUGUCAAGUUCUUUGAUGGUGAUGCUGCGAUUGUCGGUGGCGACGCUGCUACGGCCAAGGCUCGCCACUUGGCUGGUGAAGACGACGCCGACAUUCCGGUAGAGGAGAAGACGGCUGCUGCGACAUCGGCUGAGGUUCGUGCCUGA